AUGUCAGAUUUUAACGGUAGCCAAUUGGAUAAAAAUUUCAAAAUACCCACGAAAAAAAGCGCAGAAAUGAUUAACGAUAACGUCGAUUACAAUUCGGGCAAUUCAAUGGUCAGUAAUUCCUAUUACGAAUACUACAAUCAGUACACGCAAGCCCAAUGGCAACAGAGUACGGCGUAUCCCCAACAAUACUAUGGAGACCGAGCGAUAAUCGCCGAUCCCUAUCAACCCGUAGACCCGAUGACCCAGAACAUCCUCACCACGCUAUCCAACAUCAAAGAGAAACCGAAAAACGUCGAUAAAAAGAACAUUUUUAAAGACACCGUGCCGGACGUGGACGAUCCCAGCCUACCCAAGGAGCUCACCGUGCUGUUCCAGCCGUUGUUCUGCAAGCUGUGCACGGUGAAGCUGAGCAGCAACAUCAUGGCGAAGAUGCACUACAAAUCGAAGAACCACGAGAAGAAAAUCAGGAAAUUCCUGGUGGAAUACGCCGCUAGAACGGACACGCCGGUGCAUCCCCGAGCGAAGAACAUGGCGGCUACUAAACAGGAGAUUGACAGCGAUCCAAAAUGGUUCCAUUGCGACGCCUGCGAUUUGCCUCUGACCGGCAAAAUGCACGCAGAGUCCCAUUACAUGGGUAGGGCUCACCAAAGGGUCAUCAUGGGGCAGAAACGACCGAGCGGCCGGGGGUACUACAACGAAGAAGGGAAAUGGGUAAGACAAGAAAAAAUGAAGCGGGUCGCUUCGAAUGAUGAAGAAGACACGUUCGGAAUGGAUUUUAAAAAGGCGAAAACCACCGAAGAGGAACCACUAUUGGCGAGUACGAGUAAACCAGCAGUGGUACCGGUACAAUCUAAAUUCCAUUGUAGCAUUUGUAAUGUCGGUACUACCUGUCAAGAGCAAUUAGAAAUUCAUUACGGCGGUCAGAAGCAUAUCAAGAAAUUGAAAGAAUUGGGGAUUGUCGGAAUCAAUCCGGAUGCUUCCGUGAAAAGUUCGGGAGAUAUAGAUCCGGAUUUAUCUGUAUACAGGACACCCUCGGGUGAAUAUUAUUGCCCCUUAUGUAACAUCACUCUUUCUUCGGGGGUUCAUUUCAAAUUGCACAUAAAAGGUAAGAACCAUCUUAAGAAAGCGGCCUCUCAAAAUUCACAAACUGUUCAUACAAACAGGCUGGUGAAAAUGUAA